UGCCUGUACACACAACAUAGUUUAAAUAUUCAGUAUUUCCAGGAUUAUGCGUUUCUUCUUGCUUAAAUACUCGGAAUUAAAGUUUUCAUAAUGGAUUUGUGUAGAACCUGUCUUAAAACUCCUGCCAAUAAGGCUAUGUUGGACCUGGAAAGGGGUAUAAAUGUUGACAACAAAAACUACUUCGAAAUCAUGGUGUUUUGUUUAGAUAUUGAGGUAACACAGGACUCAAAAAUUACAACGAAUCUAUGUAAUACCUGCUACAGAAAAAUAAUUUCGUUUUACAAGUUUAAGGUUCUAUCUUUAAAAAAUGAUGCCUACUUGAAAUCUUUAAACCCAGUCAUAUCGGAUGAGGCUCAAAAACUAUCAGUGUAUGUUGAUGAAAAUGGAAUAAAACAUGAAAACCCCUUGGAAGCUGACGAAUAUGGUUCUUGUAUAUUUGAAGAGGACAGAGCAGAAAUAGAUGUGAAAAAUGAAAUCAAAUUUGGAAAUGAAGAUAUCAAGAAUGAAGAGCAAUUAGAAGACAUUAAAAUAGAAGCUCAGGAUGACACAUUGGAAGACAUAGAGUCAGACAAAGAGCCACUGAGUGUAGUCAAAAAAAUAAAAAUUGAAAAGAGCAAACAAAAAAGUAGAGUAAAAAUAAGUAAAAAACGUGGACGUCCACCUAAAUCUAAACCAGAGUACCAAAUGUGUGAGGAAUGUGGCAAACCAGUCCGUAACCUCAAGCAGCACUCGGUCCUUCACAAGCCUAAAGAUGAGCGGAAGAUGUAUCCCUGCAAGGUGCCAGGCUGCCCUAAGCUCUUAUUCACCGUGAGGGGUCGGAAAUAUCACUACAAAACUACACAUUUAGGUUUAAAGUUCAAAUGUGAAAUCUGUGGUAAAGAGGUAACAAACCUGUCAUCGCACAGAUUGCUGGUCCACAACCAAACCGCCCUCCGGUACGGCUGCGCGUCGUGCGGGCGGCGCUUCCUCUCGCGGACGGCGCUCGCCACACACAUGACCUCGCAUACGCAGGACCACGCGUUUGAGUGCGAUGUCUGUCAGAAGAAGUUCCGCUCCAAGCCUUUCGUGUCGAGGCAUAUACGGCAAGUCCACCAGAAAGAGAGAAAAUUCCAAUGUGAAUUUUGUUCAAAAGGUUUCUUCAGAAAAUCUGCACUUAAUGAACAUUUAAGGACCCACACAGAAGAGCGGCCAUACAAGUGCGAGGACUGCGGCAAAGCGUUCACCUGGAGUUCCACAUUGAAGAGCCACCGCUUGAUCCACUCCGACGAGAAGAGGUUCCACUGCAAACUGUGUGACAAGAGCUUCGUUAAACCCGGGUAUCUAUCGGCCCACAUGGUCAGUCACACGAAGGAGAAGCGCUACCCGUGCGCGUUCUGCGGCGUGCGCUUCGGCCGCUCCGACCACCGCAACCGGCACCAGCUCACCGCGCACAAGAAACAACGCACACCAAACCUUACCUCCACGACGUAGGACUCAAAUUAGAAUAGCGGAACAAUUUAAAAAUAAAUCAUGAUAAAUU